AUGACAUCUGCCACCAUCCUAUGCCUAAAACUGAAACUGGAACCUCACACUGUGUUAGGCCCCUAUUAUCCUCUCAUGUUGGCGUCACACUGUAGCCUAUUUCAGAGAUAUAACUUCUCGCUCCACUGCAUUCCUUCAUCUUGCAGUUUUCACGAUAAUUUAGUGUCGUCUCUCUAUGAUCUGUACCUUUCAGUAACCCAUUCCCUGCAGUACCUCUACACGGCCACAUCAGGAAUCUCAAGCUUCCCAGAGUUUGUAGCAGUUGGAAUGGUUGAUGGUCUGGUCAUCAGUCAGUAUGACAGCAACACACGGAAUGUGGUUCCCAGGCAGGCAUGGAUGAAGGAGCAUCUGGAUCAGGAGUACUGGGAAUCAGAGACCGAGCUGGGCAGGAUGGCUGAGGGGGCCCUUAAGGUUGACAUUUUGACUUUAAAACAACGCUUUGAUAACACUAAGGGUGAGUUUACCGAUCAUGUCAGUCUGGUUCUAAUAAAUGUACUUUUGCUUAUUUACUUGUGUCUAUCAGGAGUGCAUGUUCUACAGAGAAGGUAUGGCUGUGAGUGGGGUGAUGAGAGUGACGUCACCAGUGGCUAUGAGGAGUAUGGUUAUGAUGGAGAGGACUUCAUCUCACUGGAUCUAAAUAACAUGAGAUGGGAUGCCUACGAGUCCAGUUAUAAAAGCAGGGAAUUGUACUUCACCCAAGAUUGUCGUGAUUGGCUGAAGAAGUAUGUUCAGUACGGGAACAUUAAAAAAAGGAAAGUCGCCCCUGAAGUGUCUCUGAUCCAGAAGAAGUCAUCUUCAACAGUGGUGUGCCACGCCACAGGGUUCUAUCCAGCUACGGUGAAGAUCACCUGGAAGAGAGAUGGAGAAGAGAUUAAGGAGGAAGUGGAUGUGGGAGAGACGCUGCCAAAUGGGGAUGGAACCUUCCAGAAGAGAGCUAAGCUCAUGGUGUCACCUGAGGAGAGAGAGAGAAGUCAGUACACCUGUGAGGUGGAACACAUACGUGGAAAACCAACACUCAUCACCCUGACUAAGGAAGAGGGUAAGAUUGUUCAGAGACCACACAUAACUCAUCAGCUACUGAGAGAGAACUGUUGACAUUUAUUAAAAAAAGUUCAUGUUUUAAUACAUAUUCUU